GGAGGGUUUCUAGAGGAAGAGACGUCUCAGUGAGACUUAAGAAUCCCCUGACAUUUCCCAGAUAAAGGGUGAGGAGAGUUACCCAGGCAGAGGAUAUAGCUUGAGCAAAACUCAGAGGCGACAUGGAGCUUGAUGAAUUCAGUAAAGGGCUGAUAUGAAGAGCAGAGUAAUAAGAAAUAAGGCUGGGGUCCCAUGGAGGGCCUUGUGAGCCAUGAUAGAGAAUAAAGAAUGUGGAUUUCUCCUGAGGACAGUGAGGAUCAGUGAAGAAGCCUAAGCAGGUACUAGGACCAGCUCAGAUACCUUCAGUGAGGUGGUCCCAAUGGCACCCCCGCACCACACAUUGAGGGAUCCUGCUCUGUUGAUCAGGAGAAAAUAAAUGCCUUCCUAGAUGUUUGCCUUUAGCCUGCUUGAGUGCAAGCGCCCCUCCAAGGACCACAUCCCUACUAGUGUCUGGCAGAAAAACUGUUUCAUGUUUCCCACGAGGGGCAUAAAAGGCAUCAUGUGGUGGCUGAGAGCCUGUCUGUAAGGCCAGACCUCAGAGAAGCAGAGGACUUGUAAAUGCUUCAUACACUCCACCCUGGGUGUCUGCUCUGGCUGAGAGCCCAUUAAUAAGCCCCAGCGGCUGAGGGGCAGGUAUUGUGCCGGUUACUAUAGCAUCACCUUGGAAAGGAUCACUCCGUGAGAGCCACGGGCUGAGUGAGGCAGGAGGGGGAUGUGGUCAGAAGAAGCAGGAGGGGCUAGAGAAAGGCUGCAGUUGCUGUCGCUGGUCUCAGGACACCUCGUGGGCUGAAGCCCACUUCAGCUUCUCCAGCUGCAGCCCCAGGGAGGGAGUGAGGCUGCGCUCAGCUUGAGAGUGGCUGCCAGAGACAGCGCCACAGGCUGCUGCUGAGCUUGUAGCUUUCAAGGGACUGAAUUCCCAGCCAGACACUACUUGGCCUCUUUUUGCGGGGAGGGGGAGCGGUUUGUCUCCUCUUGAAAGAUCUGGGCUGGGUUUCAUCUCCGUUUUGAUUUUAAGUAGUUACCUCCAUGAGAACUGACUUCAGGGUGUUCAUCGAGGGAAGCAGAGUGGUCCCCAUGCUGGAAAUGAGAAAGCAUGACAGUUUCUGAGACUUGACUCUUAGUGCUCGGAGGUCCCCCAUACCCAUUCAAAAUGCCUUUUAAAGCAUUUGAUACCUUCAAAGAAAAAAUUUUGAAACCUGGAAAGGAAGGAGUGAAGAACGCCGUGGGAGAUUCGUUGGGGAUUUUACAAAGAAAAAUCGAUGGGACCAAUGAUGAAGAAGAUAACACUGAGCUGAAUGAAGAAGGAAGGCCAGUGCAGACUUCCAGGCAGAGGCCCCCACUCUGCAACUGCCACUGCUGUGGCAUCCCCAAGCGUUACAUCAUUGCCAUUAUGAGUGGGCUGGGAUUCUGCAUUUCCUUUGGGAUUCGCUGCAAUCUUGGAGUUGCCAUUGUGGAAAUGGUCAACAACAGCACUGUAUAUGUUGAUGGAAAACCAGAAAUUCAGACAGCACAGUUUAAUUGGGAUCCAGAGACAGUGGGCCUUAUCCAUGGAUCUUUUUUCUGGGGUUAUAUUGUGACACAAAUUCCAGGUGGUUUCAUUUCAAAUAAGUUUGCUGCUAACAGGGUCUUUGGAGCUGCCAUCUUCUUAACAUCAACCUUGAACAUGUUCAUCCCUUCUGCAGCCAGAGUGCAUUACGGCUGUGUCAUGGGUGUCAGAAUUUUGCAAGGUCUAGUGGAGGGUGUGACUUACCCAGCCUGCCACGGGAUGUGGAGUAAGUGGGCACCACCUUUGGAGAGAAGCCGACUGGCCACAACCUCUUUUUGUGGUUCCUAUGCGGGGGCAGUGAUUGCCAUGCCUCUGGCUGGGGUGUUGGUACAGUACAUUGGAUGGGCCUCUGUCUUUUAUAUUUAUGGUAUGUUUGGGAUUAUUUGGUACACAUUUUGGCUGCUGCAGGCCUAUGAAUGUCCCGCUGCUCACCCAACAAUAUCCAGUGAGGAGAGGACCUACAUAGAGACAAGUAUAGGAGAAGGAGCCAACGUGGUUAGUCUCAGUAAACUUAACACACCAUGGAAAAAAUUUUUCACAUCGUUGCCAGUUUAUGCAAUCAUUGUGGCAAAUUUUUGCAGAAGCUGGACCUUUUAUUUGCUGUUAAUAAGUCAGCCUGCUUAUUUUGAAGAGGUCUUUGGAUUUGCAAUAAGUAAGGUGGGUCUCUUGUCAGCAGUCCCACACAUGGUUAUGACCAUCAUUGUGCCGAUUGGAGGACAAUUGGCUGAUUAUUUAAGAAGCAGAAAAAUUUUGACCACAACUGCUGUCAGAAAAAUCAUGAACUGUGGAGGUUUUGGCAUGGAGGCAACCUUACUCCUGGUGGUUGGCUUUUCCCAUACCAAAGGGGUAGCCAUCUCCUUUCUGGUGCUUGCUGUAGGAUUUAGUGGCUUUGCUAUUUCAGGUUUUAACGUCAACCACCUGGACAUUGCCCCGCGCUAUGCCAGCAUUCUCAUGGGGAUCUCAAAUGGAGUGGGAACUCUCUCUGGAAUGGUCUGUCCCCUCAUUGUCGGUGCAAUGACCAAGCACAAGACUCGUGAGGAAUGGCAGAAUGUGUUCCUCAUAGCUGCCCUGGUGCACUACAGUGGCGUGAUCUUCUAUGGGGUCUUUGCUUCUGGGGAGAAACAGGAAUGGGCUGACCCUGAGAAUCUCUCUGAGGAGAAGUGUGGAAUCAUUGACCAAGAUGAGUUAGCUGAGGAGACAGAACUCAACCAUGAGAGUUUUGCAAGUCCCAAAAAGAAGAUGUCUUAUGGUGCCACCACCCAGAAUUGUGAAGUCCAGAAGGAGAAAUGGAGAGGACAGAGAGGAGUGACCCUCGAUGAGGAAGAGCUGACAUCCUACCAGAAUGAAGAGGGAAACUUCUCAGACACAGCCUAGUGUCUGAAGGGCACUUUCAUCUUCUCCUCACCUUAGAACCAGAAAGUAUCCAUACCUAUUACCUUCCCCAUAGCCUGGCUUGCCGGAGAGUCAAUAUGGGGACACUGGAGGUAGGAGGGGGAGGAAAGGAAACCUGACCAGCAAUAGAGAAGAGAAAAGAAAAAUAUCUUGCAAUGACACUUUGGGUAUGGAGCUUGCUCUCAGUUGACAAAAUGGGUAUAAAAAUAUAAUAUUUUUGGAUUGUCAGUAGACUCUUCUCAAAGAAGAGUUCUCAAAGUUCAGUUCUCAAAGCUCUGAACUUAUUCAGAAAGGAAUGACUAGAAGAAUAAGGGAGAUAAUACCAUGCUAUGCAAAGAAAAAUCGAAGGAAUUGAGCAUAUUUGGCCUGGAGCAGAGAAAACAAGAGCUGUCAUCACAUUUCUGAGGGCAGCCACGCAGAAGAGGGUUUCCUAUUCCUAAUAAAGGCUACUGCUCAUGGGGACCCUGCAUCGUGCCAGGAGCUUUAUAAACAUUCUCAUUUCAUUUCCACACCUCUAUGACAUACAUUUUUUAUCUUCAUUUUACAACUAAGGAAGCUAAAGCAACACAAUAUUGAUUUGUCCGAGGGCCAGGGCUGAGAUUCACAGGGUCCAAAAUAGGUGGCAGUCUUGGGGAAGUUUUCACCUCAGUAUAGAGAAGGCACAUUUUUUUAAUAAUGAAAACUGAAAAUGGAGAGGGUGGUCUUGUGGAUAAUUCCCUAUUUUGGCAGGCAUGGAGAAUGGGAAACAUCUGCCAUAUCAACAUCUGGUUUGAUAUGGCAGAAAGCAUUGUCAUUGUAGCAGGGGCUGGAUUCAAAGAUCCUGGGUUCAGAGAGAGGUUAGAACAUAAAAAAGAAAAGAAAAGAACACAAAAAGAAAAUAAAAAGGAAAGAAAGAAAAAGAACAAUGAAAAGGGAAAAAGCUGAAUAAGAUGGCUAAAUUUCUAAGAAUCUGGUGUCCAGAAUGGCUGAGAAGAAGUAAAGAAGGGUUUGGCUGAAUUUCAACCCUUCAAAAUAUCAAGAAUUUAGUUAAGUAAAUAAUGUCCCAAAUUACUUAUACAUCUUUAAGACAUUUAGUAAUUUAAGAAAUUGGUUCACGUGUUUUAUUAGGUAAAAUUCUCUUGAAAGAGUCUUCUGUUUUAAAAAAUGUAUGUCUUUAGACAUUUCUGCUGGUCAUAUUUGGAAGUUUGAUCAAACUACACACAACUAUGAUUGAAGUAUUCCUAAUGAGUGUAUUUGGAAUGUUACUGAGGAAAACCAUAAUAAUAUGGCAGUAAUUAUAUAGGGAAAUGAAAUGAGAGCAUGACAGAAAACACCUGUGACAACUAGACCAACAGUGCUGAAAAAUUCAUCUUUGAUCACAUAAGGCAAUAGCAUGGAUACUCUCUGGAUAAAUCUUAAAAUUUAAUGACAUUAAAAAAAAUUUAAAUUGGCGCAUAAAGGAUUGUUUGAAAAUAAAAUUAUUUUCCUGUU